AUUGUCAAAUUUUUAGAUUUUUAUUUGUAAACAAACAUGUUAAUAAGUUAUGAACUUUGACCAAGUCGUUUAAAUAAUGAAUCUUAUAACAAUACUUAAGUACUUUUUAAUUUUACUUUAACCCCAUUCCAACUACAUAGGUACUAUACCGAAGACUGAAGUUCUUUCAACAAAUGGGCUAUUAUUUUGUACUUUUCGAUAUUUGUUGUUACCUAUCUGUUUAUCUUUGUAGGAAGUACAAAGUUCAAGUUGCCAAAUUAGUUUUAUAUACAAUAUAAUAUGAAUGUCUUCCAAAAAUACAUUAUAGUCUUUGAGACGUGACAGUUGUUUCUUUAGAGAAAAAAUAUUUUUAUUUACUAGAUCGAUUUAGAAAGAGUGAAUGAUGAUUUUUAUACAGGGAUCAUACUUAGCAAGAAGCUCUAGAUCAUUACAUAAGGUGGCUACCAUGAAUGACCCCAUUGUAACAGUACAGCAAGGCAAGCUUAAAGGAUCAAUUCUAAGUCUUGUAGAUGGAUCAACUUGCUAUAGCUUCAAAGGAGUACCAUAUGCCCAGCCUCCUACUGGACCACUGAGAUUUAAGGCACCAGAGCCUCCACUUCAAUGGCAAGGCAUUUAUGAGGCAACAAAACAUGGACCAUCAUGUCCUCAAGUGCCUACGCCUAUGCUAUCAAAUGAAGAAAAAGACGAAAAUUGUUUAUUUUUAAACAUCUAUACAAAAUCCUUACAACCAAAAUCUAAACUGCCUGUGAUGGUUUUCAUUCAUGGUGGAGCAUUUUUGUCAGGUUCUGGAGACUCUUCCAUGUAUGGACCAGAUUUUCUGUUGCAACAUGAUGUUAUAUUAGUAACUAUUAAUAGUAGAUUAGAAGUAUUUGGUUUCUUGUGUUUAAAUACACGAGAUGUACCAGGAAAUGCCGGCCUUAAAGAUCAAGUUUCUGCUUUGAAAUGGGUAAAAAGAAAUAUUGAACAAUUUGGAGGUGAUCCGGAUAAUGUGACAUUAUUUGGCGAGAGUGCCGGCGCGGCGUCUGUUGCAUACCAUAUGAUUUCUCCCAUGUCCAAAGGGUUGUUUCACAAAGUAAUCGCUCAGAGCGGAACUUGCAUAGAUGAUUGGAGCAUACAGAGAGAUAGCAUAGCAAGAGCAAUUAGAUGUGGAAAAUUUUUGGGUAAAGAGACUGAAGAUGUGAAUGAAUUGUUACAGUACUUUAGAGGUUUACCAAGUAAUGAUUUUAUUGGCCUUACUUUAAAAACCCGACUUGAGGAUGAGAAGUAUAGGGGUUUGUCUAUACUGUUUGCACCUGUUGUGGAACAAAAAUUUGAUGGAGUAGAGUCAUUUUUAAAUGAAGAACCGCUGGAUAUACUGCUUUCGGGCAAUUACAACAAAGUGCCUUUAAUUAUUGGUUACAAUUCUGGUGAAGGAUUAUUCACUUUAUCAUUACAACUUAAGAAAGCUGAAUUUUAUAAUAAACAUGUUAAAUAUUUAGUGCCGAGAGAAAUUGCAUCAAAGAUGGAAGAAGAUCAAAUGAUAGAAUUUGGAGACAGAAUAAAAAACUUUUAUGUCGGUGAUAAAAAUUUUGGAGAACAUACAGCAGAAGCUAUCGUUAAAUUUCAGACAGAUGUGUAUUUUACUUAUAAUAUCCAUAGAUUUGUGCAUUUUUAUCGUCUCUCAAAUCAGCCGGUAUUCGCUUAUCGGUUUAACUAUGAAACGGAUUUGAAUAUUAUAAAGAAAUUGAGUGGUAUUUCCCUUAAAGGGGCCUGUCACGCCGAUGAUUUGUUUUACUUCUUCCAUAAUGAAGGAAAUAAGGAUGUCUAUCGAGAAAAAGAUAAAAUUAAAGAGAUUGUGUUCAAUCUAACGAAAAUGUGGACAAACUUUGCGAAGUUUAGCAAUCCUACACCAGACAAGAGUUUGGGCGUCACAUGGCCUCCAACGAGUUCAGGCAGGGAGUUUAUGAACCUAGAGGAGCCGCUGUCAUUCGGCCAGUGCCCUGAACUGGAGCGCGUCAAAUUCUGGAACAAGCUGUACUGUGACGGAGGGGUGCCGCAUAUACCUACGUCCAGAGUAUGAAUUUGUAUAUCAGAAGUAUUUUCAGUUAGAAAUAGUUUGAAUUUAUUAUUUAUUGAUUCUAACGCCAAACGUUUACGUAGCCAUGUUAUAAGCAGAGUUGAUUGAGUUGUGACGGCGAUCAGUCGCAUAUAUUAUAGAAGAGUUUGUUUGUUUGUUUAAACGCGCUAAUCUCAGGAACUACUGGUUUAAGAUUAUUUUUGUGUUGAAUAGACCAUUUAUCUUAGGCUAUAUAACAUCACGCUGCAACUAUUAGGAGCGAAGAAAUAAUGGAAAAUGUGAAAAAAUCGGGUUAAAUUAUUCAUCCUUGAGGGCUUCAAUGAUGCUCAAAAUAACUAUUCCACGCGGAUAAAGUCGCGGGCACAGCUAGUUAGAAAUAAUUGCAGUAAGAAUCAGUUAGUUAUGUUUUCUUGUUAUUGAUUCUUUCAUCACAAGUAUGGUUCCCUAUGCUGAAUAUAUAUAUGAGUAUAUAUAUAUAUAUAUUUGUAAUAUUUUACUGAAAAAGAUUUUUAAUAGGGUUAGGAAAAUAAGAACAAUAAUAAAUAAGUUUAGAUUCAGCAAUGAACAUAUUGUCCAUCCAAAUAUUUACAGAUUCAUAAACUUAUAAAAUAGGUACUCAAUGUUUACUCCAGAAGGCGGAGCCGGUGAAAAAAUCUAGAUUUCAAUAAUGCCUAGAAUAAUAAAAGUUAGUAGGUAAGAUAAUAACGAGAUUCUAUCUUGAUUUUAUGUUUUAUUAAAAUCGAAGCAUUAAAUAGAAGAAACGAAAACUUGUUAGUCACUUCACAAAUGUUAUUAGUUACAUUAAUUAUUUAAAAACUUACCAGCAAUGCAGAACUUUUAUUAUUUUUGAAGUAUCACAUCGACACAUCUGUUUAUUCGAAUAGUUUCUAGUUUAACAGAAACUAUUUUUAUAAAACUGAAUGAGUACAUUAAAUUGUUCAUCUUUAUUUGCCAUUCAUAUCUGACAAAUGUUUUAGUUAAACUUUCCUUUUUUUACACAUUGCUAUAGUUGGCAUGAUGGUUUAAAUGUUAAAAUCCUUAGUAUUAUAUCUCAGGAAAUAAAACUAUGCAAAUUUUAUUUAUAAUUUUCAGGUAAUUUUAAGGUUAUUUAACAUAUUUUCAGAUUUGCGUUAUUAAAAAUUAAAAAUGUAGUUAAUAUGUAUGUAUUUGUAUAUAAUAAUAACAGAGAAAUAGGUCAAUGCGGUGCUAAACUAUUAUAAUUAAAUAAUGUUAUAAAUGAUGUUUGUAAAUAAUUAGAUUUUGAUAAUGAUACUCCUUUAUUUAUAAUACUCUGUGAUGGAAAUUACUUAAACAAUUUAAGGAUAUUUUUAAUUAUUUUAGAAUAUUUAUUUAGCUGCACACAUACAUGAGUGGUUAAGGCUGACCUGCGUAAACACAUCGCUUUAAAAAAAAUAUUUUUUAGAAUUCUUUUAAUGUCUUAUAAUAUAAAACGACGAGACGACAACAAUUUUUAAAUCACGAUGUAAUUACCUAAAUUUGGAUUAUCAAACCAUAAAUACCUAGUACCAAAGCUGAACUAAGCCUUUAUUAUGCUGAACGUUUCAAUUAAGCUUAAUUCUAUUUUAUUUAUUUAUUGAAUCAAUCAAAUUAAAUGAAAUUAUCAAUCAUGGAAAUGGUAAUAAUAAAUCCUUACGAGCAAUCGAGUGUUACAUAUAACUUUACGAUAAGCCCGCAUUUUUUUUUAUAAAUAAACUGUUUUUGUUAUAUUUUCUGUAUGUUGUGCAAUCCUUGGUGCAAUAAAGUUUUCUUUUUUAAACAA